AUCUUGUCGUUCGGCAUCUGGCAUCGGCCAUCUUGACAUCGUGCACGCGGUGGCGAACUCGAUUUUCAAUCCUUGAGGGACCAACUUCAAUAGGCCAUGGAGGGCGGCGAUGGCGUGUAUAAGCUGGCCAUCCUUGGAGGUGGGCCUGCAGGGGUUGGCAUCCUCGUCCGCGCAGCUCGGCUCGGUCUCCUUCCCCAGCUUCUGCAACCUCCCGACAAGUCGAUGCGCGGAGUCGCACUCGUUCACGGGGGCUCCGUUGACACCCUCGGCGUCGGCAACCUCGGCGAUUACAUUAUCAACUCGAACACGUUUGCCAAGAGCUUAGUGACGAGCGUACUGGAAGAAAAGCUAGACCUCGACCCACCCGAGUCCGUCCAGGGUACGUUUUUGGCAACCCUUGCAACCCAUCCAACCGCAAAGCGACUCAUGGAUGCGGGGAAUGUGACGAUUGCACUUGGCGAACUCGGCAAAUUUCUCGGCGCCGUGGGCCAACAGGCGCGGCUCGAAAUGCUCAAGUACACGGAAUCAUCAACAUGCUUCGUCAACACGACAGCUCUACGUGUUGAACGCGUUGCAACCGCUCCUCCAAACGACAGGGCACUCGUUGAAAAUUCCAAGCCGCCGCACGUGUGCAAAAUCACGAUUCAGUCGAAUGGUGGAGCGCCUACAUGCAUCUUUGCCGAAAAUGUCGUGCUGGCUAUGGGAGGCAAGCAGGCUCUGCCCACGUCCGACUUAACGGCGUCGCAGCUGACCAAAACGUGGCUCAGCGACCACGUCCUGCGCGAUCCGGGCCGAGUCGCGCUAGCAAAAGUGCUAGCAGCAGCGCCACAGAAGAAGGUGUGCAUUGUCGGAGGGUCGCACAGCGCGUUUUCCGUUGCAUGGACGCUGCUCCAGAAACAACCCAAAGACAAAUCUGUCUCGGGGGUGACAUUUGCGCCGAAAGAUAUUACGAUCUUGCACCGAGCGCCAAUUCGAUGCUACUACGCGACGAAAAAGGAGGCUGAGGCAGACGGCGCGGUCGUCGAUAAACUGGACAAGUGCGGAAGUGUGCACACGUUUACAGGACUUCGCGAAGAUGCAAAGGCGUUGUACCAGGCAAUUGAAGCCGGCAAAGAGACGCGCGUGCGGCUGUUUCAUGUGAAGAAGCAAAGUGGCCCUGUCCAAACACAGGCCCUCGACGCAGCCACGGCAAUCGUGUGGUGCUGCGGCUACGGCACGAACAUGAUUCCAGUGACCACUGCAGACGGUGCGCUGCUAAAAGUAUGCCACAGCAGAGGUAGUAGCAAUGGAGCGAUCGAAAUCGACCUUCAAGGGCGCCUCAUGCACGCCGAUUCACAUCAGCCGAUCGACUGGCUGUUUGGUAUUGGCGUCGGGUUCAGUUUGCGGGCUGCCUUUGACGAAAUGCGCACGGAAACCAGAGCCGACGGGGUCACCGUGUACCAUCGGCGAGGGGCGACGUUAAUUCUGGCGUCCAUGUUUGGCACCGCUCCUGUCUACGGCUCGGAUUGCGCCACGUUUGAGCAAAUGGUGGAAAAGUGCGAGCGCCGACGAAAGGACGACAAGGCAGCGGCGUCCCCAAGCGCGGCCUCCCAUAACCGAGAAGCUAACCUACAACGGUUGGCCAGCGCCAAGUUUACCGUGGACCGCGGCACCGUCGUGAACACACCCACCAGUGCAGCCAACUCCCCAGCCCCACCGUCCAAGCUCAAAGAGCCUGUGCCAAUCUCUCCCGCAAGUCGCGCCAGUAAUUCCAGUACAACAUCGACAGCUCUGGGUGCCGCCGGUUCAUCCAAGAAAGCGGUUGGUGCCACGCCGAAAGGAGGAACCAAGUCCAUCGUGACGUCGUCGCCAUCGCCUAGUCGCCAGUCCACGAUGGUGCGGCGAAGCAGCUUUGGCGAAAUGCGAAGACACACGAGCCACUCGACUCUGAGGAUAGACUUGACAGGAGGGAGCUCCACCCCCACACCGUCAAAGCCGUUGCAAAUGACUGGCGGCGUCCCAUCGGCUCGGAGCUGCGGCAAGCCACUCACGUCUGUUGCCGGGGGGGCGAAGGAUGCAAUUGAAAGCAUCCGAUCAGUGCGCCGUGCGUCCCGCAAUCAAGACGAGUCCCCUGCAGGUUACCAUGCCGAAGUCCCUGUCGUUGCCGUACCUUCCUCAUAAACGCCUUGGACGUGUGCACAAAUCGAAGAGCAGUUGCUGACCAACUCUUGUUCACGCACCGGCGAAACGAGUGGGUUCAAUCUU